GGAGACAGAAAUUGGGGGAGGAGUGGCUAAUGCUUCAUUGAGGGCUGAAUGGUAAGGCUUAAGCAGGAUCCCUCCUGUGCCUUCAAUCACAUUAAACAGUCCAACCUUUAUAUUUACUGGUCACAUUUCUAAGCUGUGGACUGCAUUGCACAAUUCCAAUGACAGGCCAGUGCUGUGCAGGCCACGAGUGGUGUGGAAAGCUCACGGCCAUUAAUGUGAGCUGAGAGGAGUGAACACAGUCAGAAAGCAUUCUAUGUGUUGGACAGAGAGAGCUCUUUCAGUCACAGAGAUGCCAGUCACCUUAGUGUAUAGCAUUCCCAUUGAACCUGUGGACCGAGUGCUGAUAAAGACUCAAAGCUCUCCAAUAUCUUUCCAUGCCACAAAAAGGAGAAAAGGGCAUGACAGGUAAAAUGGAUCCCUCUAAUGGUCUGAAUCGCCCAAUGGACAUCGUGCCCAACACUGAGGAGAAGAUGAAGGACAGAGGCCAGUGGAGCAACAAGUUGGAGUUUGUGCUGUCUGUAGCAGGAGAAAUCAUUGGACUGGGCAAUGUGUGGCGCUUCCCAUACCUCUGCUAUAAAAAUGGAGGAGGUGCCUUCUUUAUCCCUUACUUAAUCUUUCUCGCCACUUGUGGAAUUCCCGUGUUCUUCUUGGAGACAGCACUGGGUCAGUACACCAGUGAGGGAGGAGUCACCUGUUGGAGGAAAAUCAGCCCACUGUUCGAAGGUAUUGGAUAUGCCACCCAAGUAAUAGUGGCUUUGCUGAAUAUAUAUUACAUAAUAGUCUUGGCAUGGGGCAUCUUUUAUCUGUCCUUCUCCUUCUCCUGGAACCUACCAUGGUCCUCCUGCAACAACACCUGGAACACUGAUGCUUGCAUGGAAUUUCAGAGAAGGAAUGAAUCUAUAGACCAAAGUUAUCUAGAGAAUGCAACUUCCCCAGUCAUUGAAUUUUGGGAGCGGAGAGUCCUGCGCAUCUCCUCAGGUAUUGAUGACAUUGGAAAGCUGCACUGGGACAUGGCCCUCUGUCUGCUUCUUGCCUGGAUCAUGUGCUACUUCUGUAUCUGGAAGGGUGUUAAGUCCACUGGCAAGGUUGUUUAUUUUACGGCGACCUUUCCCUAUGUAAUGCUGCUGAUUCUGCUAAUCAGAGGGAUCACCCUGCCAGGGGCCUCUAGAGGGAUCCAGUUCUAUCUCUACCCUGACCUGGGACGCCUGGUGGACCCACAGGUAUGGAUGGAUGCAGGGACCCAGAUCUUCUUUUCUUAUGCCAUCUGUCUGGGCUGCCUCACAGCACUGGGCAGCUACAACAAAUAUAACAACAACUGUUACAGAGAUUGCUUGGCUUUGUGCUUCCUGAACAGUGGUACAAGUUUUGUAGCUGGAUUUGCUAUUUUCUCUAUCCUGGGAUUUAUGUCAUUUGAGCAGAAUGUCCCUAUUUCAGAAGUGGCAGAGUCAGGUCCUGGACUUGCUUUCAUUGCGUACCCACGUGCGGUCUCCAUGAUGCCGUUCUCACCUCUGUGGGCCUGCUUCUUCUUCAUUAUGAUCGUGCUGCUUGGUCUGGACAGUCAGUUUGUGUGUGUGGAGAGCCUGGUGACAGCAGUCGUUGACAUGUACCCCUCAGUAUUCCGUCGUAAAAACCGCAGAGAACUCCUCAUCCUUGCUGUUGCCAUCUUCUCCUUCCUCAUGGGCCUAAUUAUGCUGACAGAGGGUGGAAUGUAUGUCUUUCAACUUUUUGACUAUUAUGCAGCCAGUGGGAUGUGCCUGCUUUUUGUUGCCAUUUUUGAGACCAUUUGCAUUGCCUGGAUUUAUGGUGUGGAUCGUUUUUAUGACAACAUUGAGGAUAUGAUUGGCUAUCGGCCUGGGCCUUACAUUAAAUACUGCUGGUUAUUUUUGACCCCAGCCACCUGUUUUGGAACGUUUGCCUUCUCUCUGAUAAAGUAUACUCCAUUGAAAUACAACAAUGAGUAUGUGUACCCAUGGUGGGGCUAUACCCUGGGCUGGCUGCUGGCUUUGUCCUCCAUGGUCUGUAUCCCUCUGUGGGUCAUCUAUAAGAUGGGCACUGCCAAAGGAACUCUCAGAGAGAGAUUCUAUGAGCUUACCACACCUUCCCCAGACCUCCCCAAAACUAGACGUCAGCAAGAGAAGCUGCAGGUGGUCUUUGCAGCUGAUGAGGACAGCCCUCACCAGAGAGGAGCUCCCACCAAGGAUGGAUACUUCCCUGUCCAUGAGAAGGAAUCUCACUGCUGAAUCCCAUAAUGUUUCUGAUUGCAUAAAGGUGGCCUUUGGAAACCUUAUAAUGAUACCUCACACUGUUAAUGGCAGCCAAAUAGCACCGAAACAGAGAUGCUUUUUCAGCUUCCUUUGACUCUUAGAAAAAGCUCUGCCCCCUCUGUAGGCGCCUUUUUGAUUUCACAUCAGUCUUCUGUGUAAGACACAUAGGCCAACUUUUAUCUAAUUGGUUAUGCUAGCCAGAAAUCAUAAUGUGUUUUUCCCUUUAAAUAUUUUUCUCAUAACUACCUACAUAAAAGUAAUAUUGCUUUGCAAUAUGGCAAACACAGACACUAAUCUUUAUUUUAACAAAAAAAAAUUAUCUAGGCCUCUCAUAUUAAUUUAUAAAAAUAUUAUACAAAUGGUCUAAGGAGAAUUUGUUGGUACUUGGUUUUCCCCUGAGACUAACCUGGGCAGACAAUGAAAAAAAUUUAGAAUCCUGGUUAAAAUAUUUUCUUAUUUCAACAUAAUCAUGACACAUUUGGGCAUUUCUAACACAUAGGAUUGAUUGUUUUGAUGACUUUUUAAAUAUAUAAUUCCCCACAACCUCAAUAUUAUUUUGACUGGAUGUUAUACAAAUACCUGAUUAUUUUGCCUGGAGAGAUGGAUGCUGGAACUCUCUGGUGAAGUGACUGCAGUGAACUGCUUUCUAAGGAAGCAAAUUUAUAUUUUGGUUUUAGCAUGCAUAUGUGACUUUAUUUCAUAGUUAAUGUCACAAAAUAAAGCCCUAUACACAGCAGUGGAGCUUUGUAGUAGAAAGCAGUUUCCAGUUCUGUAAGUGAAAAGGACAGCACAAAGCAAGAAAGGAUUCACAUCAUUUUCAUGGAAAUUAAAAGUUUCCUGAAAUAAACAAACAAACAACAACAAAUGUAACAAAUUUUUGGAGAUGUAAUUUUUAAAAGUGUAUCAGUGUUAUAUUCUCACAGAGCAUGCACUUCAGCCACUAGAAUGUUCUAUAUAAAUAAUCAACAAAAAAAUCACACAAUUAUUGUGUCAAGGCAGAAAUGGAACAAUUAGACAAUAAUCUAUCAUAAUUUAAUUUUAUCAUAUGAGCAAAGUUGUACACUAAACCACAUUCAUUUAGAAAAAGACCGAGAUUGAACCACAGACCUAAAAGUUAAAAAGCCUUGAGCAAAGCCCUGGAAAAAAACAAACAAACUGAUUUUAGUCUGUCAAAAGGUAAAACACAGCAUUAAGUUUUACUGAUGAGCAUUAUUUUAUGAACAAUCUCAAGUGACCUUAUCCCAGACCAUGGGUAAAUCCAAGAUGGAAACCUAGACCAAAACCUUUUCCCUACUGAUGCAUGCAGUGACAGCCAUUUGAUUCAUUACUUUUAAAUCACAUAACUUGCAUAUAAAUCAGUAACUCUGUACUGUAGGUCAGCAUUUUCUGUUGUGAUUGUGAUUUGUAGCAUUUUUUAUUGAUUAAAACCUUAUAUAUA